CAAGCCCGCGUCCUCCUCGCCUCCCCCACCCAUUGCGCACAGUCAGUCUUUUACACCCGCGCAAUGGCCACGGAUCACAACAAGGAGAACAUUGCCGAUGGGCUCAAUGUGGCCCUCACGGCACCCACCAAGGCGCCGGCGCUGUCGCCCAAGAAGUCCAGCAGAAAGUCGCGAAGCAAGAGCAUAGGCCCUGGCGGCCUUGAGGAGCCAUUGAAGGAAAAUGCUGGCAAUCGCAGGAAGUCGAUGAUGCCUGCCGUGGCACCUGCAGUCAAGUCGAUUCUUUCCAGAGAGGAUGAAGUCAAGCGUCGCGAGGAGCGUCGCAAGUCUCUUGCCAAACGACGCGUCUCUUUCGCGCCUGAGGCCACUCUCCACACCUGGGACGUCGUCGAAUACAUGCGCGAUGCCACAUCUUCCUCUGCAUCGUCGAACUCUACGCGCAGGGCGUCGAACAUGACGCACCAUGAAUCGAGUUCUCCAGAGCGUGGCUCGGGCCCCGACUCUGAUCCCGCCGACCCACCGUCCACGCCCCCGGAGCAAGUCGAGGAUCCAACACCGGAAUCAUCGCCUGCUAAGCAGCGUGAUUUGCACCAGAAGAAGCGCCGAAGGAGCUCAGGAAUUCCUCCGAUGAACUUCAAUAACCCAGACGAUGUGUACUCAUCAAGUCCGUACAGCGGAGAGUCUGCUGAUGGCAGCGACGACAUCGAAAUAGCCUCGGACGAUGAUGGAGGCAGUACGAUGAUGAGCAUUGAUAUGGGAGAUGGGAAUGAACAAACUCAGGCUUCGGUCGCAUCAGACGAUUCCACUGGUACUAGUGCGCGCUUGGACGCUGCUCUUCGGCAAGCUGCAGCGCAAGCGGGAACCAGACGCUUUGACUUUGAUGAAGACAAUGAAGAUGAUGCGUCAAUGGAGAUGGCGGGAGACGAGAUCACCGCAGCCUUCAAACCAUGGGUGCAAAAAUCGUCGACCAAGGAAAGCAGCCCACCAAAGGCUGAACAAGCGGAGCAGCAGCAAGAGAAUGAAGAGGAAAUGAGCAUGGACAUCACACGUGCCAUUGGCGGUAUAAUGCAACCACAGCGUCAGCCUGAAAGCCCAGAGCAGGAGAACAUGACCAUGGAAUUUACCACUGCUCUUGGUAGUAUCCAAUCGACCGAGCAAGCAGAGCAACCAAGCACUCGCGCAGGAAACAAGCGGCGUAGGUCGUCCACAAUGUCGGCCACGAAUGAUCAAGGUAGCCCUGCCAAACGCCAAUCUCGCCGUAUGAGCAUUCGCAGAAGACAGUCAGCUGUUGAAGGAGAUUCGUUGGAAGACGGAACUAUGGACCUAACGAUGGCCGUCGGGGGGAUCCAGGCUGAUCCAGCCCCAGAAAAGCCGAACCGUCGUGAGAGUGUCAACAAUUCCUUCGGUGACGAGACUAUGGACUUCACUAUGGUGAUGGGAGGUAUUAACAGUGGUGCUCAAGAGACAGAGCCCGCGGACGAGACCAUCGUGAGCAAGGAUGGAAAUGAAGAUCUUUCCAUGGAGUUCACUGCGAUCUUGGGCGGUAUAAAAACCAAGCAGACGGUACCUGAGCCUUCUACGCCCCAGUCCAAAGGCGUAACCGUAGCGACUCCUCCCAGCAAGCGCGGAAGCGCAGCAAGGUUCACCAACAAUCAUCCGGAAGUGCCUAGUCCCUCGCCUGUCAAGGCCAGCAAUGCCACGCUUGCAUUGGCAGACACUGCUAAACCAAUGCCAGCUCUCAACAUUGUAAAGGACAACACGCCAAAGAAGUCCCCAAGACGGUCGUUGCGGAGGUCAACACGCAACAGUCUCGCCUCGGCAACUCCAGAGGUCCCAGUUGCCUCGAAUCUUUCACCCCCCGAGGACCAAGCCAAGUCUUCAGCCCCAACUCCGGCUGUUGAGAAUGCUGAAAAUGACAAUGCUGAAACGGCCCCUUCCGCCGACGUCCAAUACCCGACUUUGCCGGAGCUGGCUCCAGAAGAGGCUCCAGUAGAGUCGACGCCGACAAAAACUCCAACGGAGCCGACGCCAACGAAGUCAGCAGCAGAAUCAACGCCAGUUAAGCCUGAUGUGGAGUCAACGCCAACAAAGCUUGCAGCGGACCCAACGCCAACUGAGGCUCCAGCGGACCCAAUGUCGAUAGACGCCCCAGCAGACCCACUGCCAACAGAGGAGCCAAUGUUUAAACGCUCCAUGGCUCUGACAGAUUCCAUUAAGCUUCUUUCAACCCCACGCAAGCAGGCUUACGGCUCGCCACUUAAGCGGUCAAUCGCUUUUGCUCCUAAUGAGUCUACUCCGCAAAAGUCGACCACACCAAAGAAAAGUCCCAUCCCAAAGAAAGUUGCAUCUCCUCGUAAGCAAGUCCAAUUCAAUGCUGCUAGCGAAGAAGAAGAACAGGAGCAAGUCGAUUCGACGUCAGAGAAGCAUGACUCGGCCCAGGACACACCCGAAGGAAUGCAUGCGGAUAAUAUCCAACUUCACGAGUUCCUUGAACUAACAAACAUCCGCUUCAUGGAUACUUUGACGACCACGAAGCGCAGACAUACUGGCUUUCCAGGAGCACAAGGCGCUUUCGGGAAAGGCCCCAGCAAUGAUGAUGAAAUGGAAGGAAGCGACGACUUGGAGACUUGCGUUGUCGCUGCCGCGUGUACAGAGCCCGAAUACCUGAUGUUCCAGCACGCAUGCCACGAACUCAAGAAGUACAUCUCAGAGGGUAAAGAGGUUGUCCGCGAAAUCGAGGAAUCUACCUACGAAGACAACCCAGCUCUGUUCCGCGAUUAUCUCUCGGCUCCUCCUGACCAGCGUUACAUCAUGGACAAUCAGUUCAAGAACAUGAAGACGAACGCACGCCUGAAGACAAAAGAGGCGUGGUAUGGUUGGCGGAGUAACCUUCUUCGUGAUCUCAAGGCCGGCUUGACUAAGACGGCCGAGAGCUUCGACCGUGACAACGCAACGUUAAAGCAGCAAGAAGAGAUUCUUGAUUCCGUGUUGCCUGCUGUGGCCGAGCACCACCAAGCACUCGAGACGGAGCAUGGGCAUUUGCAGCGCCGCGCUGAAGAGCUUAACGGUCCUGACAGGGAAGAACUCGAUGCCACGAGAGAGCAGAUUAUUGCUGCUGAGGCCGCUAUCGAGGAAAAGAAGCGUCUUGUUGAGGCUUUGCAGAAGGAACUUGCCGAGAAGGAAACCGGCAUCGAAGCGACCAAGGAGAGAAAGGUGGAAUGUCUCGAAGAGAUUAAGACUGCUGAGCGCGUCCGGGAAGAAUGCCGUGGUUGGUCUGUGGAAGAAGUCAAUGCCCUCAAGGCUCGCGUCUCGGCGCUUGAGCGUGAGUAUGGCUGGCUCAUCACUUCCGCCAGUGCCAACCCAAAGACUCUUACCAUGACCUAUCGCAACGACCUACAACUCUUCUUCCAACCCGCUUCUUUCGCUCCUCACGCCGCGCCUUCGGCACCCAACUCCACCACCAUCAGACUCACCUAUAUUGGUGACAGUCCUCUCACUACCACCAAGCGCUUCUUCUUGCAGUUGCUUCGCGCCAACCUUCACUGCCUCCCUCAGUCGACGACGACGGUCCCACAUCUUCUUGCACACAUCCGCUCGGGGUGGGACGUCGCCCGCGCCGUGGCCGAGAACGUGCGCAAGCUCGAUCUCGCGCAAGUCACUGAGGAGAGCAUCCUUAGCGACGAGCGCAUGGCCGUGACGACGAACAUGCUGCUGCCGACUCUGCAGACGAAGGUCAAAGCGACGUUCGAAGUGGGCGUGAGCGUCGACGGUGAGGACUUGAAGACAGUCAUUGAGACGAAAGUAAAGGUUGUGUACGGUGAGCAGUACAAGGAGGGCAGGAUGGGAGAGUUCCUGAGCAACUACACCGGGUCUGAGGUGAAUGUCAAUGGCGAAGCGAACUGGGGUCAAGCUGUUAGCGACUUGAAGGCCCAGCUGAUCGCAAGAGGCCGGAAGGGCGCUAGGAUUGCAUGAUUUUUCGUAUUUUCUUACUCGUAACAUAGGGUGUGGCGUUGAAUGAGCUGAGGGAUGGUAUCGCGGGUGGAAGUGGAAUUGCGUGUUACGCUUUGGAGUUUUGGCAUGGGAUAUUAUGAUUGCGUUUCGUAUACCACCACCGCUCCUUGUUUUGUAGUUGAAGAGCUCUUUUAUUUAUACAGUUAUUUUUCCAGACUGCG